AUCUCCCAUCGGGCCAUGCGCACUAUAACAGGCCCCCCCCCUUAGGUGGCGCCGGAGCAUUGUGGGAUUGGAUGAGUCUCAAGAUGGACAACCGGGAUGUUGCAGGGAAGGCUAACCGGUGGUUUGGGGUUGCUCCCCCCAAAUCUGGAAAAAUGAACAUGAACAUCCUUCACCAGGAAGAACUCAUCGCUCAGAAGAAACGGGAAAUUGAAGCCAAAAUGGAGCAGAAAGCCAAGCAGAAUCAGGUGGCCAGCCCUCAGCCACCGCAUCCUGGCGAAAUUGCAAAUGCACACAAUUCUUCCUGCAUCUCCAACAAGUUUGCCAACGACGGUAGCUUCCUGCAGCAGUUUCUGAAGUUGCAGAAGGCGCAGACAAGCACAGAUGCGCCCCCCAGCGCGGCCAGCGCCCCUCCCAGCACGCCCGCCCCCAGCGCCGGGAAGAGGCCCUUCCUCAUCAGCAAGCGGGCGGGCCUGGCGCUGGGCAGCGUGCCGGGCACGGUGAAGAACUACUCGCACGCCAAGCAGCUGCCCGUGGCGCACCGCCCGAGCGUCUUCCAGUCCCCCGACGAGGACGAGGAGGAGGACUACGAGCAGUGGCUGGAGAUCAAAGUUUCACCCCCAGAGGGAGCCGAGACUCGGAAAGUGAUAGAGAAAUUGGCCCGCUUUGUGGCAGAAGGAGGCCCCGAGUUAGAAAAAGUAGCUAUGGAGGACUACAAGGAUAACCCGGCGUUUUCAUUUUUGCACGAUAAGAAUAGCAGGGAAUUCCUCUACUACAGAAAGAAGGUGGCUGAGAUAAGAAAGGAAGCACAGAAGUCGCAGGCAGCCUCUCAGAAAGUUUCACCCCCAGAGGAUGAAGAGGCCAAGAACCUUGCAGAAAAGUUGGCCAGGUUCAUAGCGGACGGGGGUCCCGAGGUGGAAACUAUCGCCCUCCAGAACAACCGCGAGAACCAGGCCUUCAGCUUCCUGUACGAACCCAACAGCCAAGGGUACAAGUACUACCGGCAGAAGCUAGAGGAGUUCCGGAAAGCCAAGGCCGGCUCCACGGGCGCCCUCACGGCACCCGACCCCGGCCUGAAGCACAAGUCCCUUCCUGAGGCCCUGUCAGGGUCCUUGCCCCCGGCCACCACCUGCCCCACCUCGUCCACCCCCACGACCGCCGUCACCCCUGCCCCAGCCGCCCCCGGGAAGCCAGCCUCCACAGCCACCGCCAAGAGGAAGCGGAAGAGCCGGUGGGGGCCCGAGGAGGACAAGGUGGAGCUGCCACCUGCUGAGCUGGUGCAGAAGGACGUGGACGCCUCCCCCUCACCUCUGUCAGGUGGGCUCACCCUUUUCACGUGCUGCUGACUUUGGUUUCCUAGCAUUUCACUGAGGAUUUCUGCAUCUACAUUCUCCUUUUCUUGUAGAGUCUUUGUGUCUCGCUUCGGUACCAGAGCAAUACUGGCCUCACAGAUAAAUUUGGAAAUGUUCUCUCUCUGGGUUUUUGGAAGCAUUUUAGAAGA